AUGAAGUUUUGCUCGUUAUUGUACCUUUUCUUGGCAAGUGGAGAGAGCAAGGGACACUGGUCGGACAAACUGACGGCUUAUAAUUUGCACGAUGCGUUUCAUCUUUGUCUUCAAGGAAUGCUCUCUUCCGAAUCGAAUCUUAUCUUUCCUUUGAUGGAAUACCGCUGCGAAUCAAUGAUGAGUCUUGCUUGGCAUGCGAAACAAGGCGGAACAAACAACCACAAGAACGACUUCAAACACAUCGGAAACUGA